AUGAAGUGGUUUGACGUCCUUGAUGCGGGGAACAGGCUGGUCUUGACGGAACAGGAGGUCCUCCGCAAUCCCCAAGCCAUCGUCCGGGAUGCUGAAGGGCUGGCAUUGCAUGAGCCAUCGUCUGCUGACGGCUCCGUCGACAUCAGCUUCGAGCACGCGGGCGCAGGAGGGGCGCGCGAGUGGGCGGUCGCCACGGGCAUGUCUGCCGCUCAAGCGACGUCCGACCUACCAGGCACCGAUGCAACCUUCGAAGCAGAAGUCACCGCAGCGGGGAGAAUUCUGCUGUCGGAACUGAACAUAACCCUCGAUUCAGUGAUAGGCUACCUGAAUCCCACUACGCGUGACUGCCAUGCGGACUCUGACUCUGACUCUGACUCUGACUCUGACCGGAGGUCUGUCUUUAUCCUUGACUGGGAUUUAUACGUGAGGGACCCUGUGUCUCCUCCGCCACCGCAGCGCGAUUUAAUGCCGGCCUCCGCGUUCGCAUACAGUUCGCUCUACGACUCCAUGGACUCUCAUAUGCUCAAGUAUGGGGGCACAUAUCGCGGCACGAUCCAGGUGCUAUUGAUAAAGACAGUCGACGUGGGUGAUUUGAUACACUUUCCUGCAUCGGAUAGCACAGACCUGAUGCUGCUAUGUUUCAAGCUCGUGGGCCAACCAGAUUUGAUGGCGAUCAAAGUAUACGGCGACGAGCCGCAGGACUGGUGCGCUGAGUGGUGCAAGGACUGCAACGCUGAAUACGCCAUAGUCUACUUCGAGUGGAGACUGUCGCCGACGGCGGAUUCGCCGCCACCCGAAAUCGACCUACAGGGCCAAGACGACGACCACCCCCGCUUCACGCCCUCGACUGUGGACGCUGUCGCCCUCGAUGGAUAG